AUGAAAGUUCAACUUGAAAAAUCGAAUAGCUUAGAUUCUUCUUCUUCAUCCUCGUCCUCCUUUAACCAGGGCAACGUUAACAUUAAGAUCCUAAAAGAGUACGAAUCGAAUAAAGUUGAAGAAUUCAAUAGGGACGACAAUGAGAACAAGAAGAGGAAAAAAGUUAUUCAGGACGAUCAUGAUGACAAGCAUCCAACCUAUAGAGGAGUUCGUAAGAGGAAUUGGGGAAAAUGGGUGUCAGAAAUCCGAGAGCCAAGGAAGAAAUCAAGAAUAUGGUUAGGAGCUUAUUUGACAGCUGAAAUGGCUGCUCGAGCUCAUGAUGUUGCGGCUUUAGCCAUUAAAGGUCACUCGACUUACCUUAAUUUCCCUUAUUUAACUGAUCAGCUCCCACGUCCAACUUCUAAUUCCCCUAAGGACAUUCAAAUCGCGGCUGCAAAAGCCGCUGCCACCACAUUCAGGGGAAAUAAAGCUGAGUCGAGCCACAUCAAGCUGCAUAGUUCAUCUUCGUCCACAGAGACAUUCAUAACUUCUCCGUUGACUGAUAAAGACGAUACUUUUUUCAAUUUACCAGAUCUUUCCAUCAAUAAAGUGGAUCAAAUUGACAGUUAUUGUUAUCCGAUUUCGACUUGGCACCUUGCUGGAGCCGAUGUUGGAAUCUGGCCCGAGGAGCCAUUUUUAUGGCAAAGCUAA